AUGGGGGGCAUUGGCAAAACCACCCUUGCUCAGCUUGUAUACAAUGAAUGUAGUGUGAAAAAGCAUUUUGACCUUAAAGCAUGGGUUUGUGUUUCGGAUAAUUUUGACGUGUUAAAGCUAACAAAAACAAUUCUAGAGGAAAUGAGUUCGUCUGCUAAUGAUGAUAGUAAGAAUUUAAAUCAGCUUCAAAAUAAACUCAAGGAGAAGAUGACUGGAAAGAAAUUCCUACUUGUUCUAGACGAUGUUUGGGAGAAGAAUUAUGCCAAAUGGGAGGUCUUAAGUAAUGCUCUUAAAUUUGGAGCACAAGGAAGUAAGGUUAUCGUAACAACAUGUGAUUAUGAGGUUGCGAGAGUCAUGGUCACUGAGGUAAUUCAUUCUAUAAAGGAGUUGUCUGAGGAAGAUUGCUGGUCACUUUUUAAAAAAUAUGCAUUCCGCAAUCUUAACCUUGACGCAUGUCUCGAGCGAGAAGUAAUAGGUAGACAAAUAGUAGAAAAGUGCAAAGGCCUUCCUUUAGCAAUCAAGGCGAUUGGGGCUCUCUUGGGGUCUAAAUUAGAUGUUGAUGAAUGGGAUAGGGUAUUGAGAAGUGAAUUAUGGGAUUUACCAAUUGAGGAAACAGGCAUCCUUCCUGCUCUAGGAUUAAGUUAUAAAUAUCUUUCGCCAUAUCUAAAACGAUGCUUUGCAUACUGCUCCAUAUUUCCAAAGGAUUAUGCUUUCAAAAAAGACAAAUUAAUCUUAUUAUGGAUGGCGGAAGGUUUCUUGCCGCAACCAAAAAAUAAAACAAUGGAAGAGGUUGGUGAUGAUUACUUCUUUGCUCUUGUAUCAAGAUCAUUAUUCCAAAAAUCCGAUCGCAAUGAAUAUAUAAUGCAUGAUCUUGUUAGCGAUUUGGCAAAAUUUAUAUCUAAACAAUUCACGUUAAGCAUGGCAGAUGAUUGUCCUCCUGAAAUUGUAAGCAACACUCGCCAUUUAUCUUUUCAUAAGGAUUUUGCGAGCUUGCAAGAGGCUAAGAGGUUUCGUACUGUCCUACAAUUAAAUUUAUUGAGGGAAAACAUAUAUGAAACCCAAUUUCCAUUACUAAUGACAAGCUGCUUACGAUUGCUCAGUCUAACUCUCCAGAUAGACUUAACUGAGUUGCCAAAUUCAAUUGAUAAACUUAUACAUCUACGUUAUUUGGACAUUUCUUACACUAGUGUUGAAAGGUUGCCUGAUUCCAUAUGUAAGUUGUACAAUUUGCAGAUAUUAAAUUUAUCAUAUUGUUCUAAUCUUGUUGCAUUGCCGAGAGAUACGCAUAAACUCAUUAAUUUACGUCAUCUUGAUAUUACUGGAACUUUGUACCUAAUGGAGAUGCCAAGACAUCUUGAUAGACUAAAAAGUCUUCGGACAUUAACUGAAUUUGCCGUCGGCAAAGAUAGUGGAUGUGGCAUUGGAGAGUUAAAGAAACUUACAAAUCUUCUGAGAGGGUCACUUUGUAUUAAGAACCUCCAAAAUGUUACAUCUCUUACGGAUGCUAACGACUUAAACUUGGUGGAUAAGAAGUACCUUGAGAGGUUGGCAUUGGAGUGGAAUUCGCGGGAAGAUAAUACCGAGGAUACUUCAGAAAGGCAAAUAGUUGUACUUGCUAGUCUCCAGCCCCAUUCAAACUUGAAAAGUCUCACUAUCAGGGGCUAUGAUGGUAAAAGUUUUCCGGACUGGGUAGGGCAACUGCCUUCUCUUGAGAAAUUGGAAAUACGCGAUUGUCCACAAGUUGAGUCAUUUACUGAAGGGGGAUUGCCUUCCAAUCUAAAUGAAAUUACCAUCUUCGGCUGUGAUAAACUCUUUGCGAACCGAAUGGGGUGGGGUUUGCAAAAACUUCAGUGUCUUAGAAGUUUCGAGAUUUUGGACAAUGCUAACGUUGUGGAGUCCUUUCCAAAUGAGGGGUUGCUUCCUACCAGUCUUACCCAUCUUCACAUCGGAUCCUUUCAAAAAUUGAAAUUUUUGGACAACAAGGGGCUUCAACACCUCACUGCUCUUGAAGAAUUGCGGAUCUACAACUGCCCUAAGCUCGAGUGCAUGCCAGAAGGCGGGCUGCCUAAAUCCCUUUCUACUUUAAUGAUCCCCUUCUGUCCUUUGUUGGAGGAAGAGUGGCGAAGGAAAGGAGAAGAAUGGCGCAAGAUUGCUGACGUGGAUGCUAUCCACAACCCAUCAAAAGAGCAACAAGUUGAUGUUGUUCAGAGGCAUUUCAUGUCGCAGACUUUUACCCACUUCCACCCCACUCAUUCUACUCACUGGUAUGCUGAGAACUUGGUAAAAGAAGAAGAAAAAGAACAUGGAAGCAAUUCUGUCUUGGGUCUCAGAGCACAAGCUGACCAGCAUAAGGGCGCUCUGGGCAUCAUGUACAAGAUCUCCCCUGAAGCCAAGCCUUUGGCAUAUUCAUGCAAGGAUGCACGCACAAGCUUUGACAUUGGCGGUGCUCUCUGGCAUAGCCGCCUACCACUACUACGAGAAGCAUACAGCGGAUCAAGGAGAGAGGCCCUCAAACUUGUUGAGACAUAUGCUGAAACUUUAGCAAGUCGUGGGCUUUUAACAACGGCAAUGGAGUACCUUAAGGUUUUUGGCUCCCACGAGCUGUCACUUGAACUUGCGAUCUUAAGGGAUGGCAUUGCACUUUACAGAACUUGGUAUGUGUGUUUGAAAAAGAAGCCAGGGCUGUGUUUCGAAAACUCUCAAACACAAGGUGUAGCAGUACUAAAUGGUGCUUAUCAAUCCAAUUUUGGCUUGGUUGAUGCCCCUUGA